UUGAUCGUUUCGGAUGUGCCAGAUUUUCAGCUGCGAUGAACUCUGUGACAAGUUUAUCUUCCUUGACCGCUUGCUUGCUCCUCUCAGUUUGUCUUCUGGCUUCAUCCUCCGAUAGCAGCAGCCUGUGGGGCAAGAAGGUCCACUUCAGACAUCGUCCAUGCGUGUGGCAGCUGCAUCCUGACACAGUGGUGCCCCCAUUGCAGAAGCUGAGCGUAUGCAUGCUACUGAGACGCUCCAAUGACACAGAAUGGACUGCUUUUGUCUACAAAGCUCCGGGAAGUCAACAUGUGGAUUUGGGCCUGAAGGGCACCGGGUCACAGCUGGUGGUUUUGCUCUUCGGACAAGAAUGGAGUCUGGAUUUACAAUUACCGGUGCAGCAAUGGUUUUCAGUCUGCCUCACCUGGUCCGGGAGGUCCAGUCGGCUAUGCCUUUUUCUGAACGGAACCAUGCGCAGUGAGGCCUUUUUAGAAAAGGCACAACAGCAUUUGGCUCAGAACGGCACCCUGACUUUGGGGGUAUCUCACUAUGUGGAUGCCAGUGGUGCCGUCCAAGUAGAGAAUAGGAACAACCUCUUGGGGGAGAUCAGCCAGUUCAGGAUGUGGGCCAGCGAAUGGAGCGAGGAGGAGCUGAGGAGGCGGACGUGUGCGGAUGGAGAUGUUGUGAGCUGGGACCUGCGCCAGUGGAAACAUGACUGCCCCGCGGAGAAAGAUGACAACCUGCGCUGUGCAUGGUCCUUUUUCAAAAUCAAAAUGCAGUCAUCCCUCAGCCAGACAAAGCAGCAAGGAAAUUGUUCCGGGUCGCUAACGAAUAUCACCAGAAAUUGGUUGGAAAGUGUUUUCCCUCAUGGCAUUUCCAUCCGCGGCGUGUCUGUAGACUCAUCUAGCAGUCCCACAUGCAACGUGCAACGACCUCAGGUACAGAAAUAA